AGGGAAGCUAAGCUUCCUAGUAUGCAUCUUUAUACUCCAUAUAGGAUAAAGUAUAAUAUACUUCAUAACCUAUUAAUAUCAGUCUUUUUUCUGAUGUGGUAAUUAUUUUUGAAGAUUAGCCCGGAGUUGCUUAAUCUCUUAGCAAGUUGCUUAAAAGGUACAGUUUGUGGGGAUGACAGUGACUGUAGGUAAGUAUUGCAGAAGACAGAACUUAUUCUCAGCUGUUUCAAGUGAUUUUGUUCUGGUACAACUGUGUUGAAGUUCAUAUGUUGGCAUGCAGUUAACGCAUUUCUGUAGGUGGACCUUAGGGCAGACCUUCAGGCUAUGAACUUCCUGAGAUUUCACUCAGAAAAUCGUACAAUAGGCCAUGACAUUUAAUGGAGAAGUGUUGAGUUGAGUAUUCCAGCUCCCCAUAAUGAUUACAGGUUAGUUGAGUACCGUGUUCUUAUUUCCACUGUUGCUGCAGAUGCACACAGUAGGAAUUACUGUCCCCUGAGUUCACAAGGAUGAAGCUGUCAGAGAAUGUGUAGGGAUAGGUUACACUUAAGGCAACACCCAGAAGAAGACCAACCCGCUCAACCAUAAUAGUGCCCCUUAAGCUUUCCAAAAUUUUUCCUGACCAUACCUGACCAUUUCCUACACAGUUGUAUAAUUAUUCCAUAUUAAACUGCUGAGUUUGAGGGAAAAGCUACAUUUCAUGGUAGCUGGGUUUAUUCAAUGAAAAAGAAAAUUCUUGAACUGCUUGAGGGUGAAAUACAAGCAUCAGUAGAAAUGUAUCUGAAUGUGUCUAUGUAUCUGAAUAUAAACAUAGAAGCAAAUAUAUUUUUUACACUGCGUGAUCCAAUGUCAGAGCUGUGGUGAUAACACUCAUACAGCUUUUUUAUUGCUGCUUAUCUAUCACAUCAUUGCAUCAGAAGAAAUCUGCUGAUGUGUCUUCAUGAAACUGAAUGUGUGUUAAGUAGGGCUUGCAGCUUAGUGAGCAGUGUGUGUGAGAGCAACUCAUCACUCUUCCAUCCUCAGCAGAUAGGCAUUUUGAGAUCCAGCUGUAUGUUGCUGCCAUCUUCCAUACAAACAGGAUUCAUUACUGACAUCGUGCUUUUCUUUCUCAUUUAUUCCUGAUUGACACAGAUUGCAGUAGAGGAGAAACGGUCCAUGCCCUAGUAUGAUGGGAUCAAACACCUUCAUGGUGUUAAAUGCUAUGUUAAGUGCAAGGUAAAAUGCUGCUAUUGCCUAAGGAGCAUUCACAAAAGCUAACUUAAACGGAGUGAUGAUCUUGCUUGGCAGCCUCUUGUCAAUGAAGAGAGACAGGUUCCUGCAGGCAACAGAGGAGCCAAUAUACUGUUACACACCACACAACUUCACCCGCGAUCAAGCCUUGUAUGCCAGAGGAUAUUGUUGGACAGAAUUAAAAGAUGCCUUGCCAGGAGUUGAUGCCAGCCACUGGCCCUCCUUGUUUGAGCAUAAGUUCCUACCUUAUGCACUGCUGGCUUUUGCUGGGAUAAUGUACAUUCCAGCUCUGGGCUGGGAAUUUCUGGCCUCCACCCGACUGACUUCAGAGCUUAAUUUUUUGCUUCAGGAGAUCGAUAAUUGCUACCACCGUGCAGCUGAAGGACGGGCACCAAAAAUAGAGAAACAGAUCCAGUCCAAAGGCCCGGGGAUCACAGAGAGAGAGAAAAGAGAAAUCAUUGAGAAUGCAGAGAAGGAAAAAAGCCCUGAACAGAACUUGUUUGAGAAAUACCUGGAAAGAAGAGGACGAAGUAACUUCUUAGCUAAGCUUUAUCUCGCGAGACAUUUGUUCAUCAUCUUUUUAAGCAUCAUACCCAUUACAUACUUGUCCACCUACUAUGCUACACAGAAGCAAAAUGAAUUUACGUGUGCUCUAGGAGAGCCUCCGGACAAGACAAGCAGCUCCAAAUUGCACAUCAGAGUGAACUGCAAGCUGCCAUCUGUCCAGCUCCAGCGGAUUAUUGCAGGCGUAGAUAUCUUUCUCCUCUGCUUUAUGAACUUGAUCAUCCUUAUCAACCUAAUUCACCUCUUCAUAUUUCGCAAGUCCAACUUCAUAUUUGAUAAACUGAACAAAGUUGGAAUAAAGACCAAGAAACAGUGGCAGAAGUCCCAGUUUUGUGACAUCAAUAUUUUGGCUAUGUUCUGCAACGAGAAUCGGGACCACAUAAAAUCACUGAACCGUCUGGAUUUUAUCACAAACGAAAGUGACCUGAUGUAUGACAACGUGGUGCGCCAACUGCUGGCGGCGCUGGCCCAGUCCAACCAUGAUGCCACCCCAACCAUGCGUGAUUCAGGGAUCCAGACCAUAGACCCAAGCGUCGACCCAGCAGACAUCGAUGGCAACGAGCAGCUCAUCAUUAAGAGACCAAGGAAAAAGAUGAAAUGGAUCCCAACUACCAACCCACUUCCUCAGCCUUUCAAGGAGCAGUUAGCCAUCAUGAAGGUCGAAAAUCAUAAACCUGAAAAGCCUAAGCCUGUGCGGAGAAAAACGGCGACGGACAGCCUUAUUGCUCCUUUGUUAGAAUCUGCUGCAAAAACCUCACAGCAAUCAGCAGCUCAUAAAACUGAAUCAAACGCCGUCCCGAGCACAGGCACUGAAAAGAAACACACACGGCACUUUUCCUUGGAUGUACAUCCAUAUAUACUUAGUAGUAAAAAAACCAAGCCAGAGAUUCCAGCCAUCCCCUCGAUGCCUACAUCAAAAAGCCAAGAGGGUGGAUUUCUAAACCAGGAAGAGAAUGUCAUAGUACACGUUACCUCCUCUCUCAAAGACACCCCUCAUCCUGCAAAAGAGAUGCUGUACUCAUCUGAGACAUGCAGAACUGUGCCUGCUGCUGGGGCUUUUGUCACAUGCAACCACAACCAUAUAGCCACGACCACGGCGACAAGUAUGACUUUGAACCCAGCCAAAGCAGAACCAGCCCCUGCGCUGAACUGCAACCCCACUCACCCUCUGCUGCACAUCAACACGCUGUAUGAGGAUCACGAGGAGGAAGUUUCAAACAUAAUCGACAAUGGGAUUCACUCCCCGACUGACGCAGGGGAAAUUCUCUCCAUCCCCACCCCUAAGCAGAUACGGCUGGCAACGUUUGAUGAACCGAUGGCAAUCGUGAGCUCGGUGGAGUACUGAAGCCCCAUGGCUGCUCUCUGGUGGCCAAGCCCAAGGCAGAGCAGUGAGAAGCGUCGUCCCCUUCAACACUGCACUUCACUGCAUGAGCAUGGAGAGCUUUCAUACAAACUAUAGCUCUUGGUAAUAACACCAAACCGUUUUUCAGGAUCACGUCAUGAGCACUGUCAUUUACAACAUAGAAUAAGUAAAACCUGGUGGAAGUAGACCUUGAACACCAAGACAACCGUUAGCUCUAGCUCUAACUAUAGCUUCCUGAUUGAAUUGGUUUUAGCACAACUUAUGAACAUUAGAAGUCUGAUGGCAUGCCACAGUAAUUUUAGCGAGUAUUUAAGCCGUUUGCAUUCAGAGUCACUGAUGAAAGCUAAAAAGACACAGAGGUGAGGUAUGCUUUUUUAAUGGCAGUAGUUAAAUAAGAGUUUUUUUUUUCUAAGCAGAGAGGGGCUUUUUUUUCAAUUCAGAAUUACACAAAAGUUAUAUGCAAGCCAAUUUUUGUUUGUUUGCUUCUUUAGCUCACUGACGUUGGGCUCGAUGGAGACUUAGCUGAAAGGGCCUUACUACCACCAGCAGCAUUUAAGUGCAAAAGGAAUGGAUACAUUCAACCUCUUGCAUUUAUAAAUUAAAAUACCUGAGGUACGCCCCGCCCUUUAACGAGCUUUUAUUGUGAUGGAAGAUGCUGAAAUGAAGAGUUUAUUUUUUUAAAUAUAUUUUACCAUGGGAAAAAGAUUACUUUAAUAACUUUUCAAACCAGGUGUUUGUUGCUUUUAACAAAAUAUGUAGAAGAGAGUCAUUGUAGCUGCUUAUUUUUUCAUAGUGUAUUUAUGAACCAGGUUAGAAACUUCUAUGGGUGCUUCACUGAUGAAAAAUCUUACAGAGGUUGUUACAAAACAUCUUACAAAAUAUGAAACCAGCAAAAUCGUAUUCAAAUAACAGGAUUAAGGAAGCCUAUGAAUUUAGGUGUCCAAGCUUGGCUAGUUCUUGAUUCAGCAAACACUGAAGGCUAUGGAUGUCACUGAAACGACCCAUAUGUUCUUUGUAAAGCUAAGCACAUACUGAAGUGGCUUUGCUGGAUCUGGACUCUAGUGCAAGCAGACAAUGAUCCUGCUGUACGUGCUAUCAUUCUGAUUCAGUAUUUGCCUUCCUUGGCUCAAAGCACAUCUUCAUCCCCAUCUUCCUAUAACUUUGAUAUGUGUGAUUUAAUAGAAAAUUCUAGUAUAACUAAAACAUCUAUUAAAAAUGUAUCAUGCAAUAACCAUUCUCAGCAAAAUGAUAGUGAAACAAAAAGUGACUGUGUUGAAAUAAUAUUACUACCAGAAUUAUGGACUAUGUGUGUUUGCAUCAAAUUAUGUAUAAUGAAUGGUAGAAGAAAUAUGCAGCACAAAUACAGGAUUGAAAUCUUGAAUUUAUUUUUAAUUUAUUACCUCAGACAUGGAUAUAUGAUACCAGUAUUUAAUGAAAAUAGCACUGAAAAUAAAUACCUAUUAUUCUGAAUAGCUCAAUGUGUACUGUGUCCUAGUGUAGUUACAGACAAGUGGGAUUCUGGUAGAAGCAGUAUGUGGGACGUGUAAAACCACUGUUCCCCCAUGCAGUACUUCAUUCCUGCAUGGUGUUUUCGGCCCAAACAGCCAAAUAUCAAGAAGCAAACCACAGGAUAUGUAGCACAGUCAGGGGAGGAACAGUGGGAAUGGCUGAAGGAUGGGCCUGUGACUUCCUGAGGUGCCAGCACUGUGGAGCUUUCUGUGUGAGGCUGCUUUGAGGUGAGUGAGCACUCGAGCAGUUGGCCAGCUGCCUGUGGCUGAAGGCUUUAGGUUGACUCCUAACGCAUUGGAGGGUGCUUGGCAUCACUGUCAUCUGUCAAUUGGUAGAGCAGUGUGUGAAGGUUCUAAAAAACAAAUCUGUACCUGCGCAGCCAAGUUCUGCAAGCUUUCUCCUGGUGGGCAACCUGGGAACGGAGCAUCCCCAUGAACAGACUGCAAACAAGGCCAGUGGCUGCCAUCUGGGGAGGCUCAUCUGAGUUCAGUGGCAUAUCCAGGCUUUAGUGGUGAGCUGAAUGCCCCACUGCAUUAUAAUCACGCAUACACAGUCCUGUCAUUAGAAUUAAUUUCUUUUUUCAGGCAAAUUAAAUGUCUCCAAUUUGACCACCCACACAACUCACGUUUUUACAGGACCUUCUGUCCCAUUGGUAUUAAUGGCUGCUGUUCCACAGAAACCCUUUUCUUCAGAGUACUUCUUCAGAGUGCUUUAGACAACCAGACAGUAAGGAUAAGUGUCAGCAGCAUCUUUUGGACUACAUUUAGGUUGUCCAAACCUAGCAGGAGACCAGCCAGCUCUAUCACUCUUAGAGAAGUGCUUUUGUUGGGAUUUCUUUAGUGCACUAAUGCUUUUUAGUAUUGGUGUUACUAACAUUUCUCUGUAGCAGGUGAAUGUGCAUAUACACAAACAUAUCCAAGCUUCUCUAUACAGCUGUGUAGAAUCAUAGAAUCAUAAAAUGGCCUGGGUUGAAAAGGACCACAAUGAUCAUCUAGUUUCAACCCCCCCACUGUAUGCAGGGUUGCCAACCACUAGAAUACCACUACACACCUAUAAAUGCUGUAUAUACAUGUAAAUACAUAUUGCAUAUAGAAAAUAGUCUCUAUUUUGCAAAGGAGCUAUACAAGGAAGUCUUCAUUUCCAAUAACCAUUGCCCAAUUCAUCAGCAUGUUUCAUCUCUGACUGCUGGGAUUUUCUGCUGCUAGGCAUGACAGUGACAGGCCUCUGCUCCAUGCUGAAUUUGGGGUGCUGGGUAGUUUAUAUUUUGAUGUUGACAGCAAAUUAGUCCCUGAUUUUGAGCUUUAGAAGAUAUAUAUUGUCAUUGACCCAGCUUAGAGACAAAGCCAUUGAGGCACAGGAAAGUGAGACAAUUUGUCCCAAAGCUAUUUAGGCCGUGUCUAAAGAGCUGAGAUUGCCACAGGUGGGACACUGCCCUGUUCCCAGCACAGUAAUGGGGUAUCUUUGCAUGGUGCUGUAAAGCUCUUGGAAUUCUAGCAGAAAACACCUUUUUUUUUUUCCUCCCCUUCCAGAAGCACUGUAGAAUAUUGAUCACAGAAUGUUUUUCUUUAAAGAAACAAUGGGUUUUCUCAGUAAAACUGCUCUGCUAAAGCACAAGCCUCAGAGCAUAGUAGGAGUUUUAAGCAGAACAAUUAUUUUUCAGACACCUUCCAAUAUUUUCUGGCUUUUAAUGAGGAACAUUCCACUCUGCCUGUAAACAGACUAUAACUAAUGGGAAAACAUUCUAUGUGCAUUACUUACAAGCAACAAAUUUUCAGCAUUUGCUGUACUCUGAGCAGUUUUAAGGCCUUGCUUAGCAAUUUUGCAACACCAUGCAAACAGAAAAAUUUACAAAUGACUCCACCACAACACCAGUGAGAACCUCAGGGUUCCGCAGGUCACAUUCAGCGAAACGCUACCCAGCUGAUCCUGCUGUCCUCGGUGGUUACUGAUGUCCUGACUUAAUGCUUUGUUGACUUGCUGUUUAUUCACAGGAUGAAUUAGCCCAGAGCCAGAGCCAGCUUAAUCUGAAAGAAGUUCUGGGGCUCCUGCUGGGCUUAAGAGCAAAGACUCUAUUGGUUAACUAGAAAUCAUUUUGCUUUAUAAUCUUAGGGCUCAUGGCAUUCACCAGUCUGUCUUUCCAAAAACACAUCCAGGCAGUGCACAAUAAAUCCCUGGGAGAGGAAUGCAUGCUUUGUAAGCAAAAUCUGAUGCCUUGCAUGAGAUAAGAGAGAAACUCCCCCCUCUGCACUACUGCAGAUGCUUGCCUGUAAAGAAAGUUUGUGUGCUUAACAGAUUCUACUGGUCUUGGAGCUUUUGCAGUGUGUCACUGAAGUCAUGAGAGUCACUGCAGUUGUUGCUCAGGAACAAGAAGCGGGGCGUGGGGAGCAAAGCAAGGGGGCAGAUGGGGACAUUUUGUUGUUGAGAGAAAGAGCUCCUGGGAGCAACUCAAGAACUUCCUUUGUGAAGCUUUCAUCCAUGGAAGCUUGGAUAGAGGAUGUGCCAGAAUGAGAACCAGGAAACCUCUGUACUCUUUGUGCUAUACAUACAGUCCUGCACACUUCUCACUGACAGGUUUACCCUGUUGUUGGAAAGGCCUACGCAACGUAAACGGGUACCCAAAACCACAGAAAAAAUAAGCCAGAGAGUGAGAGAGAUUAAUAGUCCAAAAGAGGAAGACCUGAUGAAACGUGUAUCCCAGCAAAAGCAAAGGGCUGCUUCAGAGGGUAAACCUGUCAGUGAGAAGUGUGCAGGUACCCUGGCUAAACUGGGCAAGGUAUUGCCCACAGGUCAAGGGAGGUGAUCCUUGCUCUCAGCAGCCGUGAGGCCUCACCUGGAGUACUGCCACCAUUUCUGGUCUCCUCAGUACAGGACAGACAUGGACAUACUGGGAAGAGUCCAAUAUGGGGCCUCAAAGAUGGCAAAGGGAUUGGAGCAGAUCUCCUGCGAUGAGGGGCUGAGGGAGCUGGGCCUGUUCAGCCUGGAGGAAGCA